CUGAAAUCCGAAUGAGCAACAAAUGAAAACUUCCCGCCUUGCCAAACGGCUUUACUCUUCCCGCAUUUCUCUAGAGCCUUCUCCGACACUCUUAAUCUUAGAGGAUCAAUGUAUUAGAUCAUGGUCUAUGGAAAUCUUCCGUCACGCUUGAAAUUCGUUGAUUUCCGCUCAGAAUAAGCUACAAGCUUCGAUCAGUCUAAGAAAAGAGGCUUUUCACUGGAAGAGAAGCGUUAGAAGAUGCUUCAGAUGUUUUACGAGUCUCAAGACUUUUUCCUUCUUAAGGAGCUUGAAAAGCUGGAUCCUAGGAAAGGUGUGAUUUCUCAGUCAGUGAAAGAUGUUGUGCAAAGUUUAGUGGAUGAUGACCUUGGUUCAAAAGAGAAGAUUGGAACUUCAGUCUAUUUUUGGAGUCUACCAAGCUGUGCUGGUAAUCAGCUGCGGAAUGUGUAUCUUAAACUUGAAUCUGAUCUCCAAACCAGUAAUAACAGACUGGAAGAACUUACUCAGCAGAGUAAUGCAUUAAAGAAGGGAAGAGAGGAAUCUGAUGAACGUGAGGAAGCCCUAGCUGAAUUGAAAGCCAUUGAACUGAAGCACAAAGAGCUAAAGGAUGAGAUGAUACAGUAUGCAGAUAAUGAUCCAGCUGCCUUUGAGGCAACGAAAAAUGCAAUCGAAGAUGCGCAUGCUGCAGCCAACCGAUGGACAGACAACAUUUUUACUUUGCGACAAUGGUGUCCAAACAACUUUCCACAAGCCAAAGAACAACUAGAGACCCUGUACAAAGAGGUUGGUAUGAUGGACGAUUUUGAUUAUUUGGAGUUGUCACCAGCCCCUCUGAGUUCAGUCGUGAAUUAAGAGGCUAGAAGCUCCAAGCUGAUCCAACCAUAUGCUUUAUAUGUCUCAAUGAUUCUGCGGCAACCGUCAUAGAUCAUGGGUAAGAGUUUGUGGCACCCGAAAUUCACCCAUCAUAUACAGAGCUUCCCUGUUCAUUCGUUAUAUGUGGUAAAUAAGAAACCUGUCAAUUCUUAAAUCAAUUUAGUUCCGUUACCAGAUCACUCGGAUGUUUCGUGUUGGAUUCAUGGCUCUCAUGAAUCUGUAAUUUGUUUAUAAGCAUGGGAUAAGUGAAUUUGUUGUAUGUAUUGGAAUGAAUUCCUGUCUUUCGAGCUAUACGGCAGAGUUUAUGGA